AUGAGCCACGCCCAAUUUCUGCGCUUCGCCCUGGAAGUGCAGAUUCGGUAUCAUCUCAUUUUCUACUUCACUGUUCACUACGCCGGUGGUGACAUCUACUUCAGAAGGAAGUUGCUCCGGGUCGCGGCCUACGGGUAUCUUUGCGACGACGCGUGCUAUGCCACCGUUCUCUCCGUAGUGAACGCGCACUUCGGCGCAAACUGCACGAAGGAGCAAAUAACUGCGUGGGAGCAGCUGUUUAUUGACCACAAAACUUCACAGGUCGAAAUCGCAUGGGAAGAGAUUUCCGUGGCCUUUGGAGGCAUGGAAGCUGAGCAGUUCAAGGCCAUAUUAAUUGAGUUCCAUAUUCACGCCGAUACCACGGACAUGGCAAUUGUGUCCUCCAAGGCGGAGCUGCUCGCCGAUAUAGCACGACUUUGGAACGUCGCGAAUCAGCCCAUAUCGCUGUGCCACGCAAUGAUCAUGGUCGCACUUUCUGCCCUGGAAUGGGUCGUAAUCGGUGUCUCCAAGUUGAACUCGCCCACGCUGGAUAGCGGAGAACUCUGUCUGCUCCACCUCCGCGGAAACCUACAGCUGUGGCGUACCACCUACGUCGCGGCCCUCACGAGCCCCGACAAAGACCGCCAACUGCAUGUUAUCUUCGAGGCGACCCGGCGGAGCUUCGUCGGUUACGAGCCACUUCGACAGCUCGUGGCAACCGGAAACGACACGGCGACCUUCCAGAACCUAAUGCACAGCAUGACUCUCAUGCUUCCGGGUGACCUCGUUCUGCUGGAAGUGGACGUGCCCGUGUUAAACAACAGUGGUUUCGUCCGCAACAUUUUCCGUAUGACGAGCUUCGAGUACGACACAGCAGUUGAGAAGCAGCGACGAGGGCUGCCCAUGAUCUCGGACGCUUUCCUGGAAUUGGCGGCAGAACGAAUGCGGUUUGUGAACCCGAGAACGCUCUACGUGAAUGCGCUAGCCUACGCCUGGAUGAGCGCCGGUACCGCCAAUCCGCUACUGGCAGACGCGCCGGUGAUUGCGAGCCGCAUGGCAACAUUGAUGUGGACGAACCUCCUUAACUGGAGCGGCUGGUCAGCAAGGACUAAGAUUGUGCUACAGUCCUUUCAGGAGUGCGUGGAGGAGUCGGAGAUGCUGUCCGUGUACCACGACGAGCGUGACCUGUUUUCGCUGACCAUGGGCCUCCGGAUAGCGGCGAGUGUCGCAGCCGCGAGCUAUGCCACUGGGCAUCUCGCAAAGACCGAGUGGUUUCGACUGAAACUCGCCUGGAGCCUGCACCGCAUGUCCGAGGCGCAGUUCUUCUACGCCCGCUACGCCUACUUUCGGUGCCGCGGAUACGACCGCCGUGGUUCGGUCAACGGGCCGACCAAUCACAGCGUCGACUUCUCCAUCGCGUUCCAAUGCCAGCAAACGAACAACAAUGCGAACGAGAGCGGCUGCGCCGACUUUGCCGCGACACGCGGCAAUUUCUGA